GAGCGGGGCUGUGUUGAGAGUAAUGUUACCAGCGCUGAGAGCUUGAGGAGGCUGCGUAUCGAUCCCGCUCUCAGCCAUUGCGGUGCAUUAGGCUACAGCGAGACCAGGCAGCACUGGGGGCCAGCGCGAGCAGUCGGGCAAGUGUCUCAGCGCCUGUGGCUCGCUGCUGAGUGACUGAGUGUGCGAGCGAGCGAGGCGAAAAUCAGCAAAAAUGGGCAAAGGUGAUCCUAAGAAGCCAAGAGGUAAAAUGUCUUCAUAUGCCUUCUUUGUGCAGACUUGCCGGGAGGAGCACAAGAAGAAGCACCCAGAUGCUUCAGUGAACUUUUCAGAGUUCUCAAAAAAAUGUUCAGAACGGUGGAAGACUAUGUCUGUUAAGGAAAAAGGAAAGUUUGAAGAUCUGGCAAAGGCUGACAAGGUUCGUUAUGAAAGAGAAAUGAAAAGUUAUAUACCACCCAAAGGGGAAACAAAAAAGAAGUUCAAGGAUCCUAAUGCACCGAAGAGACCUCCUUCAGCUUUUUUCUUAUUCUGCGCUGAAUUUCGUCCGAAAAUCAAAGGAGAACAUCCUGGUCUGUCCAUUGGAGAUGUUGCAAAGAAACUGGGAGAGAUGUGGAAUAACACGGCUGCUGAUGAUAAACAGCCCUAUGAAAAGAAGGCUGCUAAACUGAAGGAGAAGUAUGAAAAGGAUAUUGCUGCAUACCGGGCUAAAGGAAAGCCUGAUGUAGGCAAAAAGGUAGUUGCCAAGGCUGAGAAGAGCAAGAAAAAGAAGGAGGAGGAAGAGGAUGAAGAUGAUGAGGAAGACGAUGAGGAGGAUGAAGAUGAUGAGGAAGAUGACGAGGAGGAUGAAGAUGAUGAUGAAUAAGUCUCUUCUGGAGCAAUUUCUUGUCUAUAAAGCAUUUAAACCCCCUGUACACAACUCACUCCUUUUAAAGAAAAAAAAAUUGAAAUGUAAGGCUGUGUAAGAUUUUGUUUUUAAACUGUACAGUGUCUCUUUUUUUGUAUAGUUAACACACUACCGAACGUGUCUUUAGAUAGCCCUGUCCUUAGUGGUAUUUCAAUGACCACUAAACUUGCCUGGUACAGUGUGGGGGUUGUAAAUUGGCAUGGAAGUUUUAAAGCAGGUUCUUGUUGGUGCACAGCACAAAUUAGUUAUAUGUGGGGAUGUAGUUCAUUUUCAUCUUCAGUUGUCUCUGAUGCAUCAUAAAAAUAAUUGUUCUGUUAACUGAAUACCACUCUGUAAUUGCGCAAAAAAAAAAAAAAAGUUGCAGCUGUUUUUGUUGACAUUCUGAAUGCUUCUGAGUAAAUACAAUUUUUUAUUAGUAUUGUUGUCCUUUUAAUAGGUGCCCUUGAAAGAUCAUAAUUUUUCUUUUUUGAGGGGAACUCCUCUUUGCUUUAUUGUAAGCCCAUUUGGGAUCACGUGAUUAUUACAGUUUUCAUCUUUUCAUAUAACCAGCUGAUAAACAAAGCUUUGAUCUGCAUACCCUUCAAAACCAUGAUAGGGUAGGCAAAGAAAUAUAGAGGCAUAUGACAAAACAGAAUUUUCUUCCGUAACUGGAAACAAACAAAAUCUUAUCCAACUGAUAUCUGCGUGGAUUUUGUGAAAUGUAAUAUUGAGUUGCGUAAGUUUACCAGUCUUGGAGAGUUGAGAAGUAUUGAAUUCAAUUUUACAGUAUGGAAUACUUCAGAAAAAAACCUCUGAAAUGUUGUCCUAGAAGGACCAGUAGGAAGGGUACUCUCAUCAUGGUGUGUGGGGAAUUUACAUGUGACUCCAUUACUAUGUAAUGGAAGUUGUAUUUGUAAAUCUCUGGACACUUUUAAGAGAGAAACAUGCCCCUAAAAUGUAAGAAGAUAAAAAUGAUAAAAGUACCAUUAAUUUUUUAUUUUUUGUUUUUUUGUG